UGUUUGCCUCUUACAGAAUAAGGGAAAGUCCGAGCAAAGUCGAAGUAUUGAAAAAUACCUGAUGGUCGCAACAGUUGUGUUACCUGCGACCCGUUUAAUUAGUGUUAAAUGUGCAGUAGGCUGGGCAAAUGCACGAAAAAAUAUCAGUGAAAUGGAUGAAUAGGUCCAAAGAGCUAGAAAAAAAUCAUUGAAAUUGAAAGUGAAAUCGUCAAGGUAGCGCGUGCCCGUGAAUAUGUACUAGUAACCGUAGUGAGUUGAACAAACGUUGGAAGAUGAAAGUGACAGUGUUUAUCGUCGUAAUACUUUGCUGUAUAUUAGGUACAAAGGCCUUCAUUGUCCCAGAUGAACUGCCAUCACUUCUGUCGGUAGUCUAUUCUAAUAUUCCUACCAUCAAAAAAGGUACCGACUCUAGAUUAGGAUGGGGUUUUCGAUUAGGUGACAGAGCUGAUUUCCAGGUAAUGGUAGAACUAGGUCCACAAACCAAUACUCAACCAUUGGCCAAUCAAGGAGGUGAUGGGAAUACAAACAAAAGAAACGCGCUCAACAAUCUGGCCAAUCGGCUGUACGCUCAGAGGCAACAUGAAAAGAAAAUGAAGGAGAAGAAGAAGAUUGAGGAGGAAAGAAAGAAAACAGAAAAAACAGAGGAUAAGGCGUCUCCCUUGACUCCAAACUCAGAUGGUGCCAUCUGGCUCCAAACAUGGAUCAAAUCAAUGAGUAAACAGCAAACCAAGAAGAAGCAAAUGCCAUUACAACCGAAACCAGGUAUUGCCAUAGGAGAAAUUGAUGCAAAAUCCGUUAUCCCUGAAGAUGAAGAUGACGAGAAAAUGAAGAAACGUUGGGAAAAUGUCAAGCGGGUUUUCAAUGAAAAAGUGAAGACGACUACGUCGAAAGCAGAUGCUUUGGAUAAUGUCGAUUUGAGUUGAUUGAUGUAUAUCACGAUUAUGUAAAUAAAAAUAACAUAAACCUAAGUAAGUCCCCUAUUUCCAAAAACGGCUAAAUCCAUAUUUACGAAAAAUGCGGUGGGUGCUGCCAUCUCAUAGUCAAAAGUUGUGGUAAUAUACUAUAAUAGUUAUUCGUUUCCAAAUUACUAAAAAAUCCAUAUAAAUCAGCUCACUACUUUAGACUUAUUUUCAAAACCGACUAAAGCUGUUGCGUGUUUCAUCACAAAAAGUGGCUAUAUCCUUAGUUUUACCAAAACCGGCUAAAUCCCAUAUGUUACACCAACUAUGAUGCUCUUGUUCCUGAACAAAACCGGCUAAAUCCCGUCAACGUGUGUUAAAUAAAAUCACGAUUCCUGAGAAUGUGAAAGAAAUAAGACUGGUAUCAGAUAGCUGCAGUGGGCAGGACCAAAAUAGUAUUGUUCUGUCUAUGUGCGCUAAAUGAAUGUCAGAAGAAAUAAAAAUAAAAAACUUGAUACAAUAGUCAAGCCUCAAACGUGCUAUAAUAUUUUGGAAAAAAGUCAUCAAAUCAACAGCCUCACUCCGUUUCCAGUUCAAGUCAUGUAAGCGGCUGAUAUUGACUCGUUCAAAGAAAUCUGCAAGUGUCUGGGUGAGGGGUGAACCAAAUUUCCAGUCUGAUGUGACUUAUGCUAAAGGCAUCAGUAAAAGGGGGAAGAAAAUAUUGCUCAUGUCUCCAGAAAACGUUUGUAUAAAUAACGUGAAAAUAAAUCCUGAAAAACUAAAGCAUGUUGAUGAACUUUUGAAAAAACAUUUUGGAACAGCAUGGAAGCAAAAAAGUCAAGAAUUCAAAUUGGAAUACUAUAAGACUGUAAUGGAUAAUCAACAAAGCUUAACAUAAGCAUAAGAAAAUGCUGAUGAGAAUAGUGUGUGCUUUGCUAAUACUGAGUGUAGUUUUGAAGCUGAUAUUGUAUCAUUGUUUUUAUAUUCGUUUCUAACAAAAAGGACUUAUUAUUUACUAUUCAAGUUGAGUUUUAGGGUGGUGUAUCCGAAACAGUUUAUAACAAAAAAUGUGUGAUUUUAUUUUUAUUCCUUUUUUUUAUAUUAGUGAUCUAUGUAAUGUUAAUACAUCAGGAAAUAAUUCACACGAAUUUCGUUUCAAUAUCGGGUAAAUCCUGAGUUGACAUUCAAAUUCGGGUACAUCCAUACCAUACCGUCAUAUGAGCCAAAAAUAUAUUUUAUUUUGUGAAAUUCCUUUACGAUAUUACUGAUUCAAAAACUCACAUAUAGUAAGAGUUACUGUGUUUCGCCUUUUUCUUAAUACUAUCAAUCUUGGGUUCAGCCACUUUUGGAAAUAGGGGACUAAAGUAUGAUCUAAUGAAAUAUACAAUUGUUUUUCCAAGACAAGAGAAUAUAGAUAACUGCUAUACCCAAAUAUAAAACAAAUUAAGAGACGAUAGUGUACUGAGAGAACUCUAUAGCUUAACAUGGCUAUAAUAUUAUGCUCAGAACAAACCUGAGAGGAAAAUGAGCCGAAGUAAAUGAAAGUGAAUUUAAUUAGGCCAAUGAUAGAAAUGGUAGGUUCAUUGUAAUAAAAAAGUACACACUUUUUUGACUACUUCAAAUAACUCAUUAUAUAGGGUGUUUUGAAAGCUGGGACUUUUUCAGAGACAACUACCACAAAGCAAACGUGCGUCAAAACAGCAGCAAAAACGGAAAAAAUAGUAAAAGUAGGUACUUAUUUGGUGAUUAAUUUGAAGUUUCGCAGUAUCCCAUGUUGCUCCUCAAAACUGUUCUCAGUCAUCGCUUUUUUAUUCAAAAAGACCCAAGUUUCCAUCUGCAAUAUUCGGGGCAGUCUACUUUAC